UUACAAGUAUAUAUGCGUGUGUGGUUCUUUGUGUAUCUGUGAGUGUGAAUACAAGGCAAAAAUAUCUCGGUGACUAUUUUUUACAAUACGAAAAAAUAAUUGCAUUCUCUUUUUACUGUCUUUAAUCAUGAACGUUGUCAGUGUGGCAGAAAAGAGCACAGAGCAGUUUAUACAAUUCUUUUACCCUAGCUACGAUACACAGCGUCAAAAUUUAGGAAGCUUAUAUAGAGAUGAUUCAGCUAUUUUAUGGAAUGGAAAUGCAUUUUCAGGAGCACACCAAUACUCUGAAUUCUUAGGACGCUUACCAAUGUCACAUCAUGAAGUUGAUGUAUACGAUUGUCACCCUAUCCCUGCUACAAUGAACGCUCAAGGCGCAUGUGGUAUUCUGAUCAACGUGUCUGGAACAGUCAAAUAUGGGGACAAUCCAACAAAACGCAACUUUUCAGAAUCAUUUAUUCUAAUGCCUGAUGAUAAACAAGUUGGUAACUACUACGUUCAAAGCGAUAACUUUAGAUUUGUUUAAAAUAAACUUUUUCAUUCUUGUGUAAAUAUACGAUACUCGUGAACAGAGAGAGAGAGAGAGAGAGCAGAAAGCCAC